AAUCCUUGGUGUCCAAGAAGUCCUGGCAUGGCUGGGUACAUGUUUGUUGGCUUAGGGGAGGAAAUUCACAAGUUCGUUCAGCCAGAGGUACACGAACUCUUCGUUGGGGUUGCGAGAACCAACUACAGACUUAUGGGCCAGUAUCAGGCCCAUCGUGUUGAACCCUUAACCGUUGAAGAAUGGCUGACGCUCCCGGACAAAGUUCGAUCCAAGUACUGCGAAACUACACAGCGAAAGGCGAAAGACUCACGUUCGGUCGAGGGCAUAAGCGCUGCUUAUGAGCGUGGUGAACUUCGCGUUCCCUGCGUCAAAUUGACAUGUCUUGAUUUCAAGGAGGACCUCUAUAAGAAACUG